UUGCACAUUGGAAGUCGAGGAAGCCGGUGUCCGAGGAUGAGGGAAUUGCACAGAAGGCGCCUUCAAGCCUGGGGUAGGGGGGACCCCGGGAAACGGGGCACCGGGGUCUUGUAUGCCAGGAUAGUGUGAGUCCCUCUGAAAAGAGCGGCACAUUGCAAGGAGCAGUUGAGACCAUGGAAAGGGAAAUCCGUGAAAGUGACUCCUGUACUUAACUAGGUUUCUAGGAGCGGGACGUAGAGACUGCAAGAAGGACGGUCUCUUGGGAGCAGAAUGUUGGACUCCUGGCAGCUCAUAUUAUUUCUCUUCUCCCUUGGCAAUUGAGAGCUGUAAAGAUAAGCCUAAGCGGUUGGGAGAGGUUGAAUUCUGCUUUCAGAAGGUAUUUGUUCCCUUUCCCAGAAGCCUGGGGCUAAAGUGCCAGAGAGCAACGAAGAAGAGGUCAGGUUUCUCUUCCCCAAAUCUACUGUGAAAUCUACUAAGACAUAAGGAGCCUGCCAAGAUGGUUCGCUAUCUGACUAUCUAACUAGAUUUUGUUUUACUAAAUAGGGUAUGCAGACUGAGGAAGAAGCUUGAAUGUCUUGGGACAACUGAGUUUACUGGAAGGUCUACAGUCUGUGCUCAAGAGACCACACUACUCACAGUGAAAGUGAUGCCUUUUCUCGAUUUGCUCAAAAUGAGCAUGAGGUGGUUAGCCGGACCAGGAGCUCAACCUCACACAGAGUCCAGCCUACUGCUCUGAUGCCGAAGGGGAGGCAGAAAGUGCCACACUUGGAUGCCCCCCUGGGCCUGCCCACCUGCCUCUGGCUGAAAUUAGCCGGGCUCUUCUUAUUGGUUCCCUGGGUCAUGGGCCUGGCAGUGAUACAUGGGCCUGAAGCCAAGGGUCCAGGGGGACUAAGCUGGGCUGUGCAUCUGGACAGCCCGGAAGGUGAGGGGGAGGAGGAGACUCUGGAGCAACGGGCAGAUGCCUUGGCCCAGGCAGCAGGACUGAUGAAUGCUGGACGCAUCGGGGAGCUGCAGGGGCACUACCUCUUUGUCCAGCCAGCUGGACCCAGUGAGGACCAGGAAGUAGAGGCUCUCCGACAGCAGGCAGAGACUGUAUUGGCCAGGCACGAAGCUGUGCGCUGGCACUUGGAGCAGAGACUGCUGAAACGUGCCAAGCGCAGUGUCCACUUCAAUGACCCCAAGUACCCACAGCAAUGGCACCUGAACAACCGGCGGAGCCCCGGCAGGGACAUCAAUGUGACAGGAGUAUGGGAACGCAAUGUAACUGGGCGAGGGGUGACAGUGGUGGUAGUGGAUGAUGGAGUGGAACACACCAUCCAGGACAUCGCACCCAACUAUAGCCCUGAGGGCAGCUAUGACCUGAAUUCUAAUGACCCUGACCCCAUGCCACACCCAGAUGUGGAGAAUGGCAAUCAUCAUGGUACACGAUGUGCAGGCGAAAUUGCAGCAGUGCCCAACAACAGCUUCUGUGCUGUGGGAGUGGCCUACGGAAGCCGCAUAGCAGGUAUCCGGGUACUGGAUGGACCCCUCACGGACAGCAUGGAGGCUGUGGCGUUCAACAAGCACUAUCAGAUCAAUGACAUCUACAGUUGCAGCUGGGGACCAGAUGAUGAUGGAAAGACAGUGGAUGGACCCCAUCAGCUUGGAAAGGCUGCCUUGCAACAUGGGGUGGUUGCUGGCCGCCAGGGCUUUGGGAGCAUCUUCGUGGUGGCCAGUGGCAACGGGGGCCAGCACAACGACAACUGCAAUUAUGACGGUUAUGCCAAUUCCAUCUACACAGUCACCAUAGGUGCUGUGGAUGAGGAGGGACGGAUGCCUUUCUAUGCAGAAGAGUGUGCCUCCAUGCUAGCUGUCACCUUCAGCGGUGGGGACAAGAUGCUCCGGAGCAUUGUGACCACCGACUGGGACCUUCAGAAGGGCACAGGCUGCACUGAGGGCCACACAGGGACCUCAGCUGCAGCCCCUCUAGCGGCUGGCAUGAUCGCCCUGAUGCUGCAGGCACGGCCCUGCCUCACCUGGCGGGACGUGCAGCACAUCAUUGUCUUCACAGCAACCCAGUAUGAGGAUCGCCGUGCCGAUUGGAUCACCAAUGAGGCCGGCUUCAGCCAUAGCCACCAGCAUGGUUUCGGCCUCCUGAAUGCUUGGAGACUCGUUAAUGCAGCCAAGAUCUGGACCUCUGUCCCUUACUUAGCUUCAUACGCCAGUCCUGUGUUAAGAGAAAACAAGGCUAUUCCACUGUCCCCCCUUUCACUGGAGGUCCUGUGGAAUGUCAGCAGGAUGGACCUGGACAUGUCGGGGCUGAAGACCUUGGAGCAUGUGGCAGUGACAGUCUCCAUCACUCACCCACGUCGCGGCAGCUUGGAGCUGAGACUGUUUUGCCCCAGUGGCAUGAUGUCCCUUAUUGGCGCCCCCCGCAGCAUGGACUCAGAUCCCAACGGCUUCAACGAUUGGACCUUCUCCACUGUGCGAUGCUGGGGAGAAAGGGCGAAAGGGAUCUACAGACUCGUUGUCAGGGAUGUAGGAGAUGAGCCACUCCGGGUCGGCAUCCUCCGGCAGUGGCAGCUGACCCUGUAUGGCUCUGUGUGGAGCCCGGUAGACAUCAGGGACAGACAAAGGCUGCUAGAAAAUGCCAUGAGUGGAGAGUACCUGCAUGAUGGCUUCUCUCUGCCCUGCCCACCUGGGAUGAAGAUUGCUGAAGAGGAUGGUUACACCAUCUCCCCUAACACCCUCAAGACGCUGGUGCUGGUAGGUUGUUUCACCAUCUUCUGGAGCAUUUACUACAUGCUGGAAGUGUACUUGAGCCAGAGGAAUGUGGCCUCUGACCCAUUUUGUAGGAGUGGACUCUGCCACUGGCCCCAGCGGAGCCAAAAAGCCAGGGAGGAGGGGACAGAGCUGGAAUCAGUGCCACUUUGUAACAGCAAGGAUCCAGACGAGGUGGAGACAGAGCAGGAAGGCCCUCCCACCACCUCUGGUCCCCUUGCCCUGGACCUGCUGGAUCAAGGGAAUUGGAGGCUAUCUCAGAACAAGAGUAUCCUGAGCUCCCCUCAUGAACACCUACCCCCAGACCUGUGGCAGGGGAAGGAGGAGCAGCAGAUUUGCUGACUCAGGACCUGACAGACUCAAUGUGGGACAGACGCUUCCUUCCCCAAAUUGGGAGAGCUUGGAAAGCUGCUCCCAGCUCCCAAACUGGGAGCUCCAGGAACAAAGCAGUCAUGAUUCUCGCUGCUGGAAUCCUGACGCCUCAAGAGCAUCCUCCAGCUGUACUCAGGGAUGGGGAGAGCCAGUAGCAGAGGAAUGGUGCCAGAGAACAAGCUGGAAAGAGCCAUAGGAUUUUCCUCCAAUCGAACAGAAGCAUUUGGUGAGGUCCUGGCAAAGGGGUUGCCCCCCAGUUGGGCAGGCCUGCAUCCUCAUUUCUCAAGGGCCAGUCAGUGCUGGGGGGUCACAGGAACCCCUCCCAGGCGAGAAGGGGCCUGCCAUGGCCAGAGGGCAUCUCAACAGAAACAUCACUGGAGUCACCUGGAAGGAGGACUGAGGGACAGAAGCUGGGAGGAGCCCCUGGACAUGCCAGUCCUUUUAAUGACCUGGGGCCCAGAAACUGGACUUUCUUAUCUCUUCCUCACCUACCUGUCUAAAACUUGGAACUUGGAUAUCCUGAUGAGGCAAUUAGCCUGCAGCCCAGCCUACUUGCCCUGAAAGCAGCUGCUUCCAUUAUCCACCCCCCAGACUCCUGAUGAGAAGCCCACUUUGAAAGUACCCCUGACUCUUUCACCAUAACUCCCCUCCCUCAUCUGAAGGAUUGGUACGAUGCUCCUGGCAAAGCUGGGGAUGGACACAGCUUCCCAGAGCCUGUGCCGCUUCAUUAGGGAAGUCCGCAGCAGGGCUGUGGAACAGGCACCAGACACGUGUGCUUUAGGAGACAGCAUGGGAGCCACGCCACUCCAGCCCUGUGGCCGCCCUGUCUGUCUUCCUCUGCAAAGUGCUCAGGGAAAUGGCCUUACCCCGUGGAGGCCAGCUGUCUGCCGGACAGGCCAUGGCUAUCCCUCCCGUUCUCGGCCUCUUCCUCUCUUCCAAGCUAGUUGGUUGAUUAGAAUUUUUUUUAAUGCUUUAGAUUUGAUUUUCUCUUUUCACAGCAACAUUUUGUUGAAUUCUUUUCUGCACAGCUUUUCCAAAAUAAAAACCUUCCAUACAA